AUGUCCCCGCCGGGCUCCCCGCCGCGGCCCCCGCGCCGCCCCGCCGCCGAGACGCGCAAGACCCUCAAGCCCCUGCUGGAGAAGCGCCGCCGCGCCCGCAUCAACGAGAGCCUCAGCCAGCUCAAGGCGCUCAUCCUGCCGCUCGUCGGCAAGGACAGCUCCCGCUACUCCAAGCUGGAGAAGGCGGACAUCCUGGAGAUGACCGUGCAGUUCCUCAAGGAGGUGCCGGCCGCGCCCUCGGCCCCAGAGCCCUCGGAGAGCUUCCGCGCCGGGUACCGCGCCUGCCUGGCCCGCCUGGGCGCCCUGCUGGCCCCCCCGCCGCCGCCCGCCGCCCGCCGCCGCCUCCCGGAGCUGCCGCCUCCCGCCUGCCCCAAGGCCGCCCCGCCGCCGCCCGCCGCCCCGCUCUGGCGGCCCUGGUAG